AUGAUACUGGAUAAAGACGCAACAGAAGACCUUUGGGAGGUAGCAUUAAAAAAGCUACCUCCUCCAGAAACAGAUGAUAUGACCUUCCUUCUCACAUGCCCCUCUCUGGCGUCAAAUUCCAUAAAAGAAUGGAUCUUUGAAGUUUUUUUCGAGCGAUUUAGAUGCAAGCGGAUGGCACUGGUCCAUCCAGGGCCGCUUUCGUUGUUCUCUUCAGGCCGAUCACGGGGCCUAGUGGUCGAGAUCGGGCACAGUAUAACAAGCGCCGUUCCAGUCUUCGAAGGCUUUCCGCUGGCCUACGCGACGUUUCGAUCGUUCAGAGCAGGAGGAGCAAUAACAUCCUCUCUCAAUCAACUUCUUGCAGAAACUUCUUGGUUCGACCCCUACAUGCAUCUUCACACACCAGCAGUAACGGAGGAAAUCAAACACAAGUUGUGUCAAGUGGCGGUCCCAGACGAGCGCUCUCAGCUGCUGAGGGCAGACACGUCGGAUUUCGAAGACAGGGCUUUCCAACUACCCGACGGAUCGGUCAUCGAAGUACGGUUUCACAUGGCCAGUAUAUGUGUGUUUCUGAUGGCGCUGCAGCUUGACCAGAGGCUCCGCUGCAGGCCACCAGAACUUUUGUUCGACGAGUCCUUACAUAUCGACGCACCUUUGAACGAAGACAAUGUUCCACCUUCUCUGCAGAGUGAAGUCCGUGCAUGUGAUACACUGCAAAGCAUUGUCCAAGCUGCUAUUGCAGCGACGGACCCCGAGUUUCAGGAGGAGAUGCAACAGAAUAUCGUUCUGGCUGGUGGCUCUUCUCUCCUAGGAAAUUUGUCUAAAAGACUACACGGGGAGCUUCUAUGUCUACAACAGGUGGAGAAAGAUCCUUUCUCUAUUGCUGCAGAUAGUCAUAGACGAUUCAGUGCAUGGGUUGGUGGUUCAAUGCUUGGUAGUCUCGGGACUUUCGAAAAGUUCUGCAUCCAGAGGCAUGAAUACGAAGACGGAAGUAGAACGCUUGCAAACAUGAUACAUGAAAGAAAUAUGGGUCGAUAA